AUGUCUGUCAUCUACUUCCACAUCCAAGGAUUCUAUUUCAACAACGCCAAGAAGCGUGUGAAUGAAAUGUACUACUACGAGAUAGUUAAUGACCAAAACGGUGCUCGUCGUACAAACUUUUUCAAAGGUUCUGAUGCUUCCGCCAUCAAGAAGUCAUAUAACUUGAAAGUUAAUGAGAUUGGAGCUUCAUUUACAAUCAAACUUUAUCAAAAAGUUGGAAUUAAUAAUGAACUCAUUGGAACAUUGAACAUUCCAAUUUCAUACCUCCCAGAGGAAAAGGUCACUUUUAAUACUUUGGAAGUUGAUUGCAAGAAUCCAAAGGACCAUGUUGCUUGCAGAAUCAUCCUUCACUUAUCCAAUGGUGAACCAGCUUAUAAGGCUCCACAAGUCAUCCCAGUACUUCCACAAAUGGAUAUCUUCAAAUAUUCCAAGUCACAAAAGACUCAUUGUCGCGUCGAUAUUAAUUCUAUCGAAGCUCCACUUCUCUCUUCAAGAGCUUAUUAA